GGAAGCCAACAGGCGAGUGGUGAAGGUGGCGGCAGCGGCGGCGGGGGCAGUCACCGGCGAGGGCGACGGCUCCGAGGCCGAGUGGCGGUCCGACAGAGUCCUCCGUGUCCUCCUGCGCAUGAGCCCCUUGUUUAUUCAAUUCAAAAGAAUCCUCUCCGAUUUUACUGAGAUGGCUGACCACGUCCACGACCAAAUCCGUCUCUAAACUGGAAUUCGGCUGCUGACCCUGCCCCAGCCUCAGCUUUCUUGUCGGCACUAAGUGGCACAGCACUCCAUCUGGGUAAGUGUACUGGAGAGAGUUGGUUAUACAUUCUAGGAAUCUCAAAGAGAUGGGAUUUCACCAUGUUGGCCAGACUGAUCUUGAACUCCUGAGCUCAAGUGAUCCGCCCACAUCAGCCUCCCAAAGUGCUGGGAUUACAGUGAUCAGCCUUUGAGCCUUUCCCACAUUGAAGAUGGUGAAGCUAGAUAUUCAUACUCUGGCUCAUCACCUCAAGCAGGAACGCUUAUAUGUAAACUCUGAGAAACAGCUCAUUCAGAGGCUCAAUGCAGAUGUACUUAAGACAGCUGAAAAGCUGUAUCGUACAGCAUGGAUUGCGAAGCAACAGAGAAUCAAUUUGGAUCGGCUUAUCAUAACCAGUGCUGAAGCUUCCCCUGCUGAAUGUUGCCAACAUGCCAAAAUUUUGGAAGAUACACAAUUUGUUGAUGGGUAUAAGCAAUUGGGAUUUCAGGAGACUGCUUAUGGAGAAUUCUUGAGUCGAUUGAGGGAAAAUCCUCGUCUUAUUGCCUCCUCUUUGGUUGCUGGAGAGAAACUUAAUCAGGAGAACACACAAAGUGUUAUUUACACAGUUUUUACCUCCCUGUAUGGCAAUUGCAUCAUGCAAGAAGAUGAAAGCUACCUCCUUCAGGUUUUGCGAUACUUGAUUGAAUUUGAACUUAAGGAAAGUGACAACCCUAGGCGACUUUUGAGGAGAGGAACUUGUGCCUUCAGCAUCUUAUUUAAACUUUUUUCUGAAGGAUUGUUUUCUGCCAAACUUUUCCUCACAGCCACUUUACAUGAGCCAAUUAUGCAACUGCUUGUUGAAGAUGAAGAUCACCUGGAAACAGAUCCAAACAAGCUAAUUGAGAGGUUCUCCCCAUCUCAGCAGGAAAAACUCUUUGGAGAGAAGGGCUCAGAUAGAUUCAGGCAAAAAGUUCAAGAAAUGGUGGAGUCCAAUGAAGCCAAACUAGUGGCUUUGGUGAACAAAUUUAUUGGUUAUCUCAAACAGAACACAUAUUGUUUUCCACAUAGUUUAAGGUGGAUCGUGUCUCAGAUGUACAAAACCCUCUCCUGUGUAGAUAGGCUGGAAGUUGGGGAGGUCAGGGCAAUGUGUACUGAUCUCCUGUUGGCCUGCUUCAUUUGUCCUGCAGUUGUCAAUCCAGAACAAUAUGGAAUAAUUUCCGAUGCUCCUAUUAAUGAAGUAGCACGAUUUAAUCUGAUGCAGGUAGGCCGCCUUUUGCAGCAGUUAGCAAUGACUGGCUCUGAAGAGGGAGAUCCCCGAACAAAGAGCAGCCUUGGAAAAUUUGACAAAAGCUGUGUUGCCGCUUUCCUUGAUGUUGUGAUUGGGGGACGUGCAGUGGAGACCCCUCCGUUGUCUUCCGUCAAUCUUCUGGAAGGAUUGAGCAGAACUGUGGUUUAUAUAACCUACAGUCAGCUUAUUACUCUGGUGAAUUUUAUGAAGAGUGUGAUGUCUGGAGAUCAACUGAGAGAAGAUAGAAUGGCUCUUGACAAUUUAUUGGCAAACCUACCCCCGGCCAAGCCAGGAAAAAGUAGCAGUUUAGAAAUGACUCCCUACAAUACGCCUCAGCUGUCUCCGGCAACCACUCCAGCAAAUAAAAAGAAUCGAUUACCUAUAGCAACUCGGAGCAGAAGCCGCACCAAUAUGCUAAUGGACCUACAUAUGGAUCAUGAAGGAUCAUCUCAAGAAACCAUCCAGGAGGUGCAACCAGAAGAGGUGUUGGUCAUUUCCUUAGGGACAGGUCCUCAGCUUACUCCAGGGAUGAUGUCAGAAAAUGAGGUCCUAAACAUGCAGCUUUCGGAUGGAGGACAAGGAGAUGUCCCUGUUGAUGAAAACAAACUCCAUGGUAAACCUGAUAAAACCUUGCGCUUUUCUCUCUGCAGUGAUAAUCUGGAAGGAAUAUCUGAAGGUCCUUCAAAUCGCUCCAAUUCAGUGUCCUCCCUAGACCUAGAAGGAGAGUCUGUGUCAGAACUUGGAGCAGGACCUUCUGGCAGUAAUGGAGUUGAAGCUCUACAGCUGUUAGAACAUGAGCAAGCUACAACACAGGAUAACCUUGAUGAUAAGCUAAGGAAGUUUGAAAUCCGUGACAUGAUGGGAUUAACAGAUGAUAGGGACAUAUCAGAAACAGUGAGUGAGACCUGGAGUACAGACGUCUUGGGAAGUGACUUUGACCCUAAUAUUGAUGAAGAUCGCUUGCAAGAAAUUGCAGGUGCUGCAGCAGAGAACAUGUUAGGCAGUUUGCUGUGCCUCCCAGGUUCAGGGUCAGUGCUUCUUGACCCCUGCACUGGUUCUACCAUAUCAGAGACAACAAGCGAAGCUUGGAGUGUAGAGGUAUUGCCAAGUGACUCAGAGGCCCCAGACCUAAAGCAGGAGGAGCGUCUACAAGAACUGGAGAGCUGUUCUGGACUGGGUAGCACAUCUGAUGAUACGGAUGUCAGGGAGGUCAGUUCCCGCCCCAGCACACCAGGCCUCAGUGUUGUGUCCGGCAUAAGUGCAACCUCUGAGGAUAUUCCCAAUAAGAUUGAAGACCUGAGAUCUGAGUGCAGCUCUGAUUUUGGGGGUAAAGAUUCUGUCACUAGUCCAGACAUGGAUGAAAUAACUCACGAUUUUCUUUAUAUACUUCAGCCAAAACAACAUUUUCAACACAUUGAAGCAGAAGCAGACAUGAGAAUCCAGCUGUCUUCUAGUGCCCACCAGCUGACCUCUCCUCCUUCUCAGUCAGAGUCUCUGCUGGCCAUGUUUGAUCCACUGUCUUCACAUGAAGGGGCUUCCGCUGUGGUAAGGCCAAAGGUUCACUAUGCUAGGCCAUCGCAUCCACCACCAGAUCCCCCAAUCCUGGAAGGAGCUGUGGGAGGAAAUGAGGCCAGGUUGCCAAACUUUGGUUCCCAUGUUUUAACUCCAGCUGAAAUGGAGGCAUUCAAGCAAAGGCAUUCUUACCCUGAGAGACUAGUUCGAAGCAGGAGCUCUGAUAUAGUAUCUUCUGUCCGGAGGCCCAUGAGUGACCCCAGCUGGAACCGGCGUCCAGGAAAUGAAGAGCGAGAACUCCCUCCAGCUGCAGCCAUUGGUGCUACUUCUUUGGUGGCUGCACCUCAUUCAUCAUCUUCAUCCCCGAGUAAGGACUCCUCAAGAGGAGAGACUGAAGAACGCAAAGAUAGCGAUGAUGAGAAAUCAGACAGGAACAGACCUUGGUGGAGAAAACGUUUUGUUUCAGCCAUGCCUAAAGCUCCUAUACCAUUUAGAAAGAAAGAAAAACAAGAAAAAGACAAAGAUGAUCUGGGGCCUGACAGAUUCUCAACACUCACAGAUGAUCCCAGCCCUAGACUCAGUGCACAAGCUCAGGUGGCUGAGGAUAUUCUGGACAAAUACAGGAAUGCCAUUAAACGGACCAGCCCCGGUGAUGGAGCAAUGGCAAACUAUGAAAGUACAGAGGUUAUGGGUGAUGGUGAAAGUGCACAUGAUUCUCCCCGUGACGAAGCACUGCAGAACAUCUCGGCUGAUGAUCUCCCAGACUCUGCGAGCCAAGCAGCCCACCCGCAGGAUUCAGCUUUCUCUUACAGAGAUGCGAAAAAGAAACUGAGGCUUGCUCUUUGCUCUGCGGACUCUGUUGCCUUCCCUGUGCUAACCCAUUCAACAAGGAAUGGUUUACCAGACCACACAGACCCAGAAGACAAUGAAAUUGUAUGCUUCUUAAAAGUUCAAAUAGCCGAAGCAAUUAAUUUACAAGAUAAGAAUCUAAUGGCUCAACUUCAAGAAACAAUGCGUUGUGUGUGCCGUUUUGAUAAUAGGACUUGUAGGAAACUGCUGGCUUCGAUUGCUGAGGACUACAGAAAAAGAGCCCCAUAUAUUGCUUAUCUCACUCGUUGUCGACAAGGACUACAGACCACACAGGCUCACCUGGAAAGGCUAUUGCAAAGGGUUUUGCGGGACAAAGAAGUGGCCAAUCGAUACUUUACCACUGUCUGUGUGAGAUUACUGCUUGAGAGCAAAGAAAAGAAGAUCAGGGAAUUCAUUCAAGACUUUCAGAAACUCACCGCAGCUGAUGAUAAAACUGCUCAGGUAGAAGAUUUUCUGCAGUUUCUUUACGGUGCAAUGGCCCAGGAUGUCAUAUGGCAAAAUGCGAGUGAAGAACAGCUUCAAGAUGCACAGCUGGCCAUUGAGCGAAGCGUGAUGAACCGGAUUUUCAAGCUCGCCUUCUACCCUAAUCAGGAUGGGGACAUACUUCGAGACCAAGUUCUUCAUGAACAUAUCCAGAGAUUGUCUAAAGUAGUGACUGCAAAUCACAGAGCUCUUCAGAUACCAGAGGUUUAUCUUCGAGAAGCACCAUGGCCAUCUGCACAAUCAGAAAUCAGGACAAUAAGUGCUUAUAAAACCCCCCGGGACAAAGUGCAGUGCAUCCUGAGAAUGUGCUCUACGAUUAUGAACCUCCUGAGCCUGGCCAAUGAGGACUCUGUCCCUGGAGCGGAUGACUUUGUUCCUGUGUUGGUGUUUGUAUUGAUAAAGGCAAAUCCACCCUGUUUGCUGUCUACUGUGCAGUAUAUCAGUAGCUUUUAUGCUAGCUGUCUGUCUGGAGAGGAGUCCUAUUGGUGGAUGCAGUUCACAGCAGCAGUAGAAUUCAUUAAAACCAUCGAUGACCGAAAGUGACCAAGACCAAGGCCCACCAAGGCAGCAGACUGUUAAUCAGACAAACAGAUCUCUGAGAAGGCGCAUCAGCUGCUUUGAAGGCUGAAGAUUGUUUUUGUAUAAUAUUGUACAGCAUCAGGCAUUUUAAAGCAGAUCUUUACUAAACUGGUUAAUGAGCUAACAACAGGUUCUCUCGUCUUUGGGCUCUUUCCUUUCUGAGUUGCAUAUUCUAUUUUCUUGUCCCCAAGUAGAGACUAAUACUACAAAAAGGGACCACAUUUUUCAAGUAUUUCUAAGUAUUAAAAAACAGAACAAAAAUCUCUUAGAAAAUUUCUAGACCUCCAUUCUUGGAUACCCUUUCUUUCCUUUUAUUUUAAAAAAGAACAGUACCCCUCUUUUAAGAUGCUGUCUUACAUUAAUGUGCAUCUAAUGGAAAGAAGAUAUGAGUUGCACUGAGGAUUAUAAUAGUGGUGCAUUAGUGGCAUUAUCUAUAAAUACACUCACCUAAAUUGAAAAGCUAAGAAGGAAAUGUAAAUAUAAUAUAUAUUUAUAUUUGAUGUAAUAUGGACAUCUGCAGAUUCUAAUAAACAAGGACUAUUGCUGAUAGUAGGCUGUGACAUACUGUCUUGUGAAAUGGUUUCCUUGACAAAAUUUAAGCUGAGCUUAAAAGCAAAAAACAAAAAGUACACAGAAAUAUUUAUUAAAAUGUAAUACAGUUUAUUGAACUUUCUAGGUAUGGAGUUUGAUGGACAGGGCUGCCUUUAAUGAGUGUGAAAGUCACUAAGUCACUUAGACAUCUCACCAUGGAAGUUUGUGAGCCUGCAUUAGGAGAUAGACUGAUUACCAUACAUGACGUAAAAAGGAACAGUGGAUAGCUCAUACUUUAUGGUGGUUCUUCUCCUCUGAAAUAAUAUACUGCAGAAAUCCCAGACAGAGCUCCUUACAAACCUUUAAUUGUAAUAUAUUUUUGAUGAUUAUUCACAUUGAAUGCACAGACCAAGAAUUCAGUGAAUGUCAUUUUUUUAAAAACUAAUUUGUAUUGUCUGCUCUAGUGAUACAAGUUUUACUAGUGAUAAACUAUUUUAAUCAACCAUACUAUUCUUACGGAAAAAAAUAAUCUAUUUUGGCAGGUUUCUGUGCCUUUAUUUCCCUCUUCUGAAAAAAAGUCUGUGUUUUCAUAGUUUGAUUUGCAUUGUAUAUCAAUAUUAAUCAGGAAUGGGUUUUGGUGCCUGAAAAAUUGGCCAUGGAGGCACACCAAAGCUUCAAGCACAAGUCUUGUACGUGGGCCAUCACUGUCUGGUUUCACUUUGUGUGUUUCCUGAACACAUUUAGCUGCUUUUAUAACCAACUCAGCCCCAUACUUGAGUCCCUUGUUGUUGGGAGCAUUUCCAGGCAUCUUUUAAGGGAACUGUGACAAACAGCCUCGGGCGGAUGAAUACAGAGGCUCUCUGCUGUCUGUCUCUGAGAUCUUUGUGUCUGGGAAUGCCUAAAGAUUUUAUUUUUUUUCUUUGUUUUUAUUUUAUUUUAUUUUUUGAGACAGAAUCUCACCCUGUCGCCCAGGCUGGAGUGCAAUGGCUCGAUCUUGGCUCACUGCAACCUCCACCUCCCAAUUCAAGUGAUUUGCCUGCCUCAGCCUCCUGAGUAGCUAGGACGACAGGCACGCAUCACCACGCCCAGCUAAUUUUUGUAUUUUUAGUAGAAACGGGGUUUCACCAUGUUGGCCAGGAUGAUCCUCGAUCUCCUGACCUCGUGAUCCACCUGCCUUGGCCUCCCAAAGUGCUGGGAUUGCAAGCGUGAGCCACCGUGCCCAGCCAGAAACUAGAUUUUCUUUAUGCCUCCACCCCUUCUUAUUCAUUUACUUUACAAUACCAAAAUAAUAAAUUGCAUAGGAGUGUGGGAUGUGGUUUCUGCCUUCUAGAGAGAGAUCAGAAUUAAACUAGUACUAUGAAAUGUCCUUUCGAGUGUUAGGUCAAGAAAUCCAUGUACAGAGUCGUGCACUUCAUUGGCUGUAACUGUCAAACUUGCCUUGUAUUAGAAGUUAAAUCCCAUCGUAAAUACAUCAUGAGGCCAGCUGUGUGAUUUCUGAGACCUAGAUGGGAGUCCAUUUACUUCAGCCUUUGAUUCAGUAAAUGUUAAGCAGCAGAAGACUUCGAAUGGUUGAAAUUCAUUGUUACAGGAUUUAACUCAUAAACCAAUGAGAGAUUUUUUUUUCUCUACAAUGGUUGCUAAGUCUAUUCCAUGUUAACACUGUGGAAAUAAAUAUGAAGAUGUGGACAUUG